GAGGCACCCAUUACACAUAAUCUGAAUAGCCAUCAACCACAAAAUCCAUAAUAAAACAUAACAUGUCGGACAAUACCAGCACAUCCCCCCGUCGUCACUGGAACGGUCAACCCGGUGCCCGCCACGAACAUCAAAACGUCUGGCUGAACGGCGGUAUCCGAUCAACCGCUCCCUCAGCACCAUGGGCUGGCUGGGAUGCUCACAAGAAGCGUCGUGAAUCCGAAUCAUCGUCAUCCACAAAAUCAACUGAGAGUAGACGCUCCAGCGGCACGGGAAAAUCACUGUUUGAUACUCUGCACACACAGAAGAGAGGAAGUUACUCCGAUCCGAGUCAUGAGCAGAGGAGGAAGAGUUAUGCAGAGAUGAUGCCUGAGAAGGGAUUUUUUGGGAAGUUGUGGCAUGGGUAUACGUCUGGGUCGAAGUGAUUUGUAUUGCAAAUCUGCUUGUGCAAUGUUUGAAUUCAGUUUUGCUUUCUCACCAAUGUCUCUGUUGAACGAGUAUCGAAAUCUAAGUCGAGGUUAUGAAUUGAGUGAAUCGUCCUUCAUUGAUCAUAGACUGACAUGGCUAUGCUAAAGGUUCCAUUUCCAUAAUGGACUGUGUGAUAUCGCCCCCUAGACUCUAGUGCAGCCCUCAUCGGUAAGCCCGGCAAAGUGUCUACUCAUCUAUCGAUGAACAGACUGCCUUGUAUUUGUUAGAGCACAUGGUUUUAAAAAAAAAAAGAAAAGAUGUUAUUUCUCUUUUCUUCCUUCCUUGAGGAUAAAAAAAAAACAGCGCCAAUUAUAUCACCAUUUUUUGAAACCAUUUCGAAUAAACACAAGACACAUGAACAUAAAAAGUACCCCCCGCACCGAGAAUUUCUUCAAGUUUUUGCUAUGCAUUUAUCGGACAAUUCCCUCGAAGCGGUUCUUGAACCACUUGAUGGUCUCGGCUUGGGUGAUACGGUGGCUGGAACCGAUAUGAGCUUUGGCGCGUCUACGCUUGGCGAUACGCUCUCCAGGAC